AUGAAUGAAUUUUGUCAGAAAGUUAAUAAAUUUCCAUAUGAUGAAACAGAGCUGAACUCAAAACCACAUCUUGAUUUAGCAGUUAAUGAACUAAAAAAGCAAAACAAUUUGGGAAUGCCGCUUACAUCAAUGCAGAUAUUCUAUUUAUUUAUUAAUUUACCUUUCAUUCUAAAACAACUGCUGCAUUCAUCGGACUUCCCACAAUAUCGAGCAAUUUUAAUUUGUGUGGACAUUCUCUCAUUGUGUUUUGCAACUACAAUUAAUGAUACUACACCUAAUCAAUUGUAUCAUUUUAUAAAUAUGCAUAAUGAUCAAUUUAGAAAACUAUAUCCAGGGAAAAUGAAAUUUAAAUUCCAUUUUAUGACUCACUUUCCAGUAAUAAUGAAAGAUUUUGGACCUUUACCUUAUACAUCAUGCUUAGCAACAGAAAGAAAACAUCAGUUUUUCAAAGGCAACAAAGUUCGGAAUUUAAAGAAUCCUUCAUUAAUGUUAGCUCGAAGACACGAAUUAUGGAUUUGCAUUAAUGAUCAUUCUCAUGAUGGAUCAUUAUCACAUACGGCUCUCUCAAAUGGUUCUCACGGAGCGCUUGACAAUCGACAACCAAUUACUGAUGGGCAAAUCCAAUUUUUUAUUUCAAAUCUGCCAAAAUUACCAUUUAAACCACUGUCUGCAUUAAAAACCCUGACCGUAAAAGGGUAUAAAUAUUCACAUAAUUCAGUACUUAAUGUUUCUAAGGAGUAUUUUCCUUCUUUACCGAUUGUUGGAAAAAUCAAAUGGAUAUUGUAUGAUGGUAAUAACUGCGCGCUAAUUUGUAAUAUGUAUACAGUUAAAGGUUAUGUGCAACAAUUACGGGCUUUUGAAGUUCAAGAAACGAACAAAAUGGAUUGCUUCAUUCUUGAUGAUAUUUGUUACAAGAAACCUUUAAAACUAGUUUGUUUAAAUGAUUCCUUUUAUUUUCCUUUACAUCCCUAUGGCAAAUCUUUUACUACUUUAUAA